CUGCCGGCGGCCCGGGCGGGCUGGCAGCUACAGUGGGUGCGAUAGACGCCUCCGCCUCUGCCGCCUCCGCCGUUGCCUCCUCCGCCGGGGCCGUUCGCUACUGCGCGGGGAGAGCGAGGCGGGGCCGCCGGGGCCGCCAUGGAGCCCGACUCGGUAAUUGAGGACAAGACCAUCGAGCUCAUGUGUUCUGUGCCAAGGUCUUUGUGGCUAGGCUGCGCCAACCUGGUAGAGAGCAUGUGCGCACUGAGUUGCCUGCAGAGCAUGCCCAGUGUCAGAUGUCUCCAGAUAAGUAAUGGAACAUCAUCUGUGAUCGUCUCCAGAAAGAGGCCAUCAGAAGGAAACUAUCAAAAAGAAAAAGACUUGUGUAUUAAGUAUUUUGACCAGUGGUCUGAAUCAGAUCAAGUGGAAUUUGUGGAACAUCUUAUUUCACGAAUGUGUCAUUAUCAGCAUGGACAUAUUAACUCUUAUCUGAAGCCCAUGUUGCAGCGGGACUUUAUUACCGCUUUACCAGAGCAAGGCUUAGAUCACAUAGCAGAAAACAUUCUUUCCUACCUGGAUGCCAGGUCUCUGUGUGCAGCAGAGCUGGUGUGUAAAGAAUGGCAGCGAGUGAUCUCAGAAGGAAUGCUUUGGAAGAAGCUUAUUGAACGAAUGGUACGCACUGAUCCUCUAUGGAAGGGACUUUCAGAAAGAAGAGGGUGGGAUCAGUACCUGUUUAAAAACAGACCCACAGAUGGCCCUCCCAAUUCAUUUUAUAGGUCAUUAUAUCCAAAGAUUAUCCAGGAUAUAGAGACUAUAGAAUCUAACUGGCGGUGUGGAAGACACAACUUGCAGCGGAUUCAGUGUCGCUCUGAAAAUAGUAAAGGUGUCUACUGUUUACAGUAUGAUGACGAAAAAAUUAUCAGUGGCUUACGAGAUAAUUCUAUUAAGAUUUGGGAUAAAACCAGUUUGGAGUGUUUGAAAGUGUUAACAGGACACACAGGCUCUGUCCUUUGUCUCCAGUAUGAUGAACGUGUCAUUGUAACUGGCUCUUCAGACUCUACAGUGAGAGUCUGGGAUGUGAACACGGGUGAAGUUCUGAACACGCUGAUCCAUCACAAUGAGGCUGUAUUGCAUUUACGCUUCAGCAAUGGACUAAUGGUGACCUGUUCCAAAGACCGCUCCAUCGCUGUGUGGGACAUGGCAUCUGCCACUGAUAUCACUUUACGCCGUGUCCUGGUUGGCCAUCGUGCUGCUGUCAACGUAGUAGACUUUGAUGAUAAAUACAUUGUGUCUGCCUCUGGUGAUAGGACCAUCAAGGUGUGGAGCACAAGUACCUGUGAAUUUGUUCGUACUCUGAAUGGGCACAAGCGAGGCAUUGCCUGUCUCCAGUACAGGGAUCGACUGGUUGUUAGUGGAUCAUCAGAUAAUACCAUUAGGCUAUGGGAUAUUGAAUGUGGUGCCUGUUUAAGAGUCCUAGAGGGGCAUGAAGAAUUGGUCCGCUGCAUCCGGUUUGAUAACAAGAGGAUUGUCAGUGGGGCCUAUGAUGGGAAAAUUAAAGUUUGGGACUUGCAAGCUGCUCUUGACCCUCGAGCCCCAGCAAGCACGUUGUGUUUGCGUACAUUGGUGGAACAUUCUGGACGUGUGUUUCGGCUACAGUUUGAUGAGUUUCAAAUCAUCAGCAGUUCCCAUGAUGACACUAUUUUGAUUUGGGAUUUCUUAAAUGUGCCUCCCAGUGCCCAGAAUGAGACCCGUUCUCCCUCCCGAACAUACACUUACAUCUCCAGAUAACAGUCUGCACUUUUUACCCAUUUCAGGGUUUCCUAGUCUUGAACUACUGGCUACAUGGCUACCAGAUGCCUAAGAGAGUUCAUUCGCAGCUGAGUUAUGAUGCUGGAAUUGGUUCUAGAUGGGUAGAUGCAAAGCAGCCUAACUCUUCAAGUACCAACAUUUCUCACCUCCAAUUCCCAGCCUCUACUUUGAGAAAAAUACCUUAGUUCACUGACUUCAAGUAGAACAGAAAGCCCAUUUUCCUUUCCCCAUCAAUGAAAAAAAUCUAAUGCUUCAAAUGUAAAUUGUUCAUUUAAAAGGAACAUACAGUCUGUUUUACAGAAGUAGAUCAGCCAUCAAGAGAAGACUUGGCCUCUAAUUUAUAUUGCUUUGCACUUUGGUCUGAUAUUAAGGAACAGCAUUCUUCUUCAGUGAAAUUUUGGGUGCCAAACACCAACCCAGAAUGUCCAGGGUUUUCCUUUUUAGAAGUCAGCAUUCUCCUUCUGACUGUCCAAGUCAUUAUGAAUUC